AACUGUUUCCCUCGCACUGUCGCAGCCGGUCCCCUGUGGAUUAUGCCACAUAAUCACAACAUUGAUAUCAAAUUGAAAUACAUUUAAGCCCCCCCCAUCUAUAACCCAGCUCUUGGAGACAGGCCUAGUGGCCAUGGCGAAAGACCCGUUGGCUGAAGCUGGUCUUCAUUUUGAUGAGCUCAACAAGCUACGGGUGCUGGAACCAGAAGUGGACCAGAAGACCAGGGAGCUCAAGGAGGAGUGUGAAGACUUUGUUGACAAAAUCAGCCAGUUCCAGAAUGUAGUGGGUGGUCUCAUUGAGCUGGUGGAUGAAUUGGCAAAAGAGGCAGAGACAGAAAAGAUGAAGGCUAUUGGAGCCAGGAACCUGUUGAAGUCUGUGGCCAAGCAGAGGGAGGCCCAGCAACAGCAGCUCCAGGCCCUGAUAGCAGAGAAGAAGAUGCAGCUGGAGAGGUAUCGCAUUGAGUAUGAAGCUCUCUCCAAAGUGGAAGCUGAGCAGAAGGAGUAUGAACAGUUCAUUCUGCAGAAAUAAGGCCCAAGUGUGUGU